AUGACCACUGGCCAAGGUUUAUUCAGAGAUGACAACCUUAUGUUAAUGCACCGAGAAGGUUACGUUGAAGAAUGCUACUUUUCAUACACUUUAAGUCCAAUAUUUGAAGCUGAUGGCUCCGUUAAUGGAGUCUUCAAUGCCGUACAGGAGACCACUCAAAGAAUAUUGGCUACAAGGAGAUUAAAAACCCUUGGUGAAUUGGGCAAUCGUACCCCAGGAAAGCAUGAAAUUGUUACCUUAAGUAAUGGUGAUAAGGCAAUUUUGUUACCAGUGGCUACUUCUACAGGAAAGAACGUUUUAACUUCUGUUAUGAUAUGUGGAAUUAAUCCACGGCGAGCUCUUGAUCGUGAAUACAUGGGAUUCCUACAGCUCGUUGUAGGACACGUAAGCUCAAGCAUGACACAUGCCGAUUUAGGAAAAAGAAUGUCAAUGAGUAGUAUUGACGAUGAAAAGAAAAAAUAUCAAUUUCCAUUUGAUGAUAUUUCUAAUCAAACCUUUGCGAAUCAUGAAAUUAUGGCUUAUGCAGCAGCAGAUCCAAAUGAACAAAAUAUGAAAGGUUUAAAAUUCCAAUACACAUAUGGAGGUGAUAUUCAAGCUGAAGCUGAAGCUGCUGCUGCGGCAAGUAGUGAGAGUAUUAAACCACUUUUGGAACACAUAAUUAAAGAUUCAUUGGAUUAUAGUCGGGAAACAGAUGUUACCGUUGUUCUUAAAGUUUCAUUAGAAGAACUUGAUGGUGAGAGUAGUACAAGUGAUGAAAAUGUCAAAAAAGGAAAAUUAUGCGUGGAAGUAAUUGAUUCUGGAAUUGGCGUUGAAAGAGUAAAUCAUUUUAGCUCAUGUGAAGAAAGUAUAACAGCCGUAAAAGCAUGGAGAGAACAAUAUAAUAACGAAGCUUUAUAUGAUAUUGUAUUUUUCAAUGUUCGUGAAAAUAAUUCCGAAGAAAUUAAAAAUGCUGCCAAGGAACUACGCAGAAUUUGUGAUGAUAAUUUAUGUAUCGUCUUAAUUGUGUUUUGGUCAGCAAAUGGUAGGGCAUUAGGACAAAAUCUAGUUCAAGAAAUUGGCGGUAAAACAUGCAUAAUUUGUAAACCAGUUAUGCAAAAACGCUUGCUUCAUUGCCUUUUCUCAAAAGAUUUUGUAUCUGAACCUUAUGCUCCGUCAAUACAAAAUGAAUACUAUAGUUCAGUUAAACCUUUAGCCGACUUGAGAAUUGAAGAUUUUUACCGUAAUAAUAGACCUCCAUUUAGUGAAGAAAAAGAUUUAACUGCAAAAGAUUCAUCUAGUGCAGAGAAAAAUCCAAUGAUUGAAACUAGUGAAGAAACUGCGAAAUCUAAUGUUGAAAGGAUGGAGAGUGAUGACUUGCCUAAAGUUUAUGUACCAGCUGAAUCAUCGAUCAAGGGUAAAGGUAAAAGUGUUGAACCAACACAAUUAGGAGUGAAAAGAACAGCAAAUGAUGAAGCAGGAAACACCUCAGCUUCAAAUGAUGAUCGUGCAUCAAAAUUCAGAUUUAGACCUGUUUCCAAAUCUAAAUGUAUUUUAUGUGUGAUUAAGAAACGUAACCGAUCCCUUUUCCGAAAACCAGUAGACCUUAAAACAGGGGAGAUGCAAAAAGGCUGGACAUCACGGAGUAUAGCGUGUAUUGCGAAGAAGCAGUGA